AUGCGGCUGGGUUCCGGGACCUUUGCCGCCUGCUGUGUGGUGAUCGAGGUGCUCGGGGUCGCGCUCUUCCUUCGGGGAUUCUUCCCGACUCCGGUUCGUUCCUCUUCCAGGACGGAGCACCAAGCAGAGCCCCCAGCGCCCGAACCCUCGGCUGGAGCCAGUUCCAACUGGACCAAGCUCCCACCACCUCUAUUCAGAAAAGUUGUUAUUAUGCUGAUAGAUGGCUUGAGAGAUGAUUUUGUGUUUGGGUCAAAGGGUGUGAAAUUUAUGCCCUACACAACUUAUCUUGUGGAGAAAGGAGCAUCUCACAGUUUUGUGGCUGAAGCAAAGCUGCCUACAGUUACUAUGCCUCGAAUCAAGGCGUUGAUGACAGGGAGCCUCCCUGGCUUCAUCGAUGUUGUCAGGAACCUCAAUUCCCCUGCACUGCUGGAAGACAAUGUGAUCACACAGGCAAAAGCAGCUGGGAAAAGAAUUAUCUUUUAUGGAGAUGAAACAUGGGUGAAAUUAUUCCCAAGGCAUUUUGUGGAAUAUGAUGGAACAACCUCAUUUUUUGUGUCAGAUUAUACAGAGGUAGAUGAUAAUGUUACGAGGCAUUUGGAUAAAGUAUUAAAAAGAGGGGAUUGGGAUGUGUUAAUCCUCCACUACCUGGGACUGGACCACAUUGGCCACGUCUCUGGGCCCAGCAGCCCUCUGAUCGGGCACAAACUCCGGGAGAUGGAUAGCAUCCUGAUGAAGAUCCACACCUCACUGCUGUCCGAGGAGAGAGAGACUCUUGUACCCAAUUUGCUGGUUCUUUGUGGUGAUCAUGGCAUGUCAGAAACAGGAGGUCACGGCGCCUCUUCCGUGGAGGAGCUUAACACCGCCCUGAUCUUAAUCAGUUCUGCAUUUGAAAGAAAACCUGGUGACAUCAGACGUCCAAAGCAUGUUCAACAGACUGACUUGGCUGCAACUCUAGCAAUAGGUCUCGGUCUGCCGAUCCCAGGAAACAGUGUCGGCAGCCUCCUGUUCCCUACGGUGGAAGGGAGACCGGUGAGAGAACAGCUGAGGUUUUUACAUUUAAAUGCAGUGCAGCUCAGCAAAUUGUUGCAAGAGAACGUGCCCUCAUACACAAAAGAGCCUGGAUUUGAGCAGUUUAAAAUGUCAGAGAGGUUGCAUGGGAACUGGAUCAGACUGUACUUGGAGGAAAAUAACUCAGAAGUCCUUUUCAACCUGGGAGCCAAGGUUCGAAGGCAGUACUUGGAUGCCCUGAGGACCCUGAGCCUGUCCCUGAGCAGACAAGUGGCCCAGUAUGACAUCUACUCGAUGCUUGUGGGGACUGUCAUGGUUUUGGAGGUUCUAGCCCUGCUCCUACUCAGCAUCCCGCAAGCUCUGAGCAGCAAGGCUGAACUGGAGGUUCCUCUCUGGUCGCCUGUGUUUUCUCUGCUGUUUUAUUUGAUGUUCCUGGUUCUUUCUGCUCUUCACGUCAUUGUGUGCACCUCGGCCGAGAGUUCCUGCUAUUUCUGUGGCCUCUCAUGGCUGACAGCAGGCGGAGUGAUGGCAUUGAUCUCUGCACUGCUCUGUGCAGUCGUGUGUGCUCUUGCCAAGAUGUUUGCCGAUGGAAAAUUCCUGAGCAAGAAUCCAGCUCAUCCAAAGGCACGAUGGUCAGAGUUAGAUGUUCUUAUCUUACUCGGGACCAUGGGCCACGUGCUGAGUCUGGGUGCAAGCAGCUUCAUCGAGGAGGAGCACCAGACCUGGUAUUUCCUCAUUAAUACCCUGUGUCUGGCUCUGUGUCACGAAACCUACAGAAACUGCUUUCUGAGGGACGACUGUGAGCCCCAGCAAUGCUCACACGUGGAGGAGGGAUUCGUCAGCACUGCACCAGCAUUACGGGACAGGAGCAUCCGCUGUAACAUGUUAGAGCCCCACAGAGUGUCUAAGGGCCCCACUUCCCUUGACACGCUCAGAGGCCAUGAGAAGUGGAUGGUGUUAGCAAGCCCAUGGGUGAUACUUACCUGCUGUCGGCUGCUGCGGUCGCUAAACCAGACGGGUGUGCAGUGGGCCCACCGGCCUGACCUGGGGCAUUGGCUCACCAGCUCAGAUCACAAAGCCGAACUCUCUGUUCUGGCUGCCCUUUCGCUCAUCGUGAUUUUCGCACUGGUUCAGAGGAGGUGCUCUCUGACGUCAAAAGUAGCCAUGGCACUUGGGCUGCUGGGCGUCUAUUGCUACCGGGCAGCCAUUGGAAAUGUCCUGUUCCCAUGGCAACGAGACAGCAAAGACAUUUCAAAGGGUGUUAUUGAAGCUCGUUUUGUUCAUGUCUUUGUCCUUGGCAUUCUGUUCACGGGCACCAAAGACUUGCUUAAAUCUCAAAUCAUUGCUGCAGACUUCACCAGCAAGACUGUGGGUUUAUGGGAGAUAUAUAGUGGAUUAGUUCUUCUGGCCGCUUUGCUUUUUAGACCACAUAAUCUGCCAGUCUUAGUGUUUAGCCUCUUCAUUCAGACUAUAAUGACUAAAUUCAUCUGGAAGCCUCUGAGGCAUGACGCAGCUGAGAUCACUAUAAUGCAUUAUUGGUUCGGUCAAGCAUUCUUCUAUUUCCAGGGAAACUCCAACAACAUAGCCACGGUGGAUGUCUCAGCGGGCUUCGUGGGCCUGGACACCUACAUGGAGGUCCCAGCUAUGUUCCUGACAGCGUUUGCCACGUUUGCAGGGCCUGUGCUGUGGGCCAGCCACUUAGUGAGCUUCCUGAGCUCAGAAACCAGCAGCGGUUCUGCACUGGGUCAUGCUUGCUUCUGCUAUGCACUGAUCUGUUCUUUUCCAGUCUCUGCGUAUAUCAUUUUGGUGACAUCCCUGCGUUACCAUUUAUUUAUAUGGAGUGUGUUUUCUCCAAAACUUCUUUAUGAGGGGAUGCAUAUCCUCAUCACAGCUGCCAUCUGUGCAUUCUUCACAGCCAUGGAUCAAACUAACACGAAGUCUUAGACACUGGAGAAACAAUGUAUUUUUAAGGUCUACUAUUCACUUCAUGCUUUUG